UCUCUGAGUGCAUCCAGCCUGCUCGGGGCAGGGCGGUCCCGGCACCGGGGGCGGUCCCUGUGGAGCGGGCGGAGCCCGACGGGCGCUCUGUGUGGCCAAGGCCAUGAAGCCACAGCCGCCGGGCUAGGCCCCGGGCCGCUCUAGCCCAGGGCGGCCCGCGGAGGGCUGGGCCCGGCCUCCCGCUCCAGUUCCCGGGCCGGCAGGCGGCCGCUCACCAUGCCCGGCAAGCACCAGCACUUCCAGGAACCCGAGGUCGGCUGCUGCGGGAAAUACUUCCUGUUUGGCUUCAACAUUGUCUUCUGGGUGCUGGGAGCCUUGUUCCUGGCCAUUGGCCUCUGGGCCUGGGGCGAGAAGGGCGUUCUCUCCAACAUUUCUGCGCUGACGGAUCUGGGAGGCCUUGACCCCGUAUGGCUGUUCGUUGUGGUUGGAGGAGUCAUGUCGGUGCUGGGUUUUGCUGGCUGCAUCGGAGCCCUCCGGGAGAACACCUUCCUGCUCAAGUUUUUCUCCGUGUUCCUUGGCCUCAUCUUCUUCCUGGAGCUGGCGACAGGGAUCCUGGCCUUUGUCUUCAAGGACUGGAUUCGAGACCAGCUCAACCUCUUUAUCAACAACAACGUCAAGGCCUAUCGGGACGACAUUGACCUCCAGAACCUCAUUGACUUUGCUCAGGAAUACUGGUCUUGCUGCGGAGCCCGAGGGCCCAACGACUGGAACCUCAAUAUCUAUUUCAACUGCACUGACUUGAACCCAAGCCGGGAGCGCUGCGGGGUGCCCUUCUCUUGCUGCGUCAGGGACCCUGCGGAGGAUGUUCUGAACACUCAGUGUGGAUACGAUGUUCGUCUCAAACUGGAGCUGGAGCAGCAGGGCUCCAUCCAUACCAAAGGCUGCGUGGGCCAGUUUGAGAAGUGGCUGCAGGACAACCUGGUCGUGGUGGCCGGGGUCUUUGUGGGCAUUGCCCUCCUCCAGAUCUUUGGCAUCUGCCUGGCCCAGAACCUCGUGAGUGACAUCAAGGCAGUGAAGGCCAACUGGUGAGGCUGCACGCUGGCCAUGGCCACACUCCUGGCCUACCCAGGGCCCCUCCACUGUGCCACGAUGGGCAGGACUGCAGGAGGCGUUUCUGUUUGGACCUGAGCCCCAUGUGGGGCUCAUGGGCGGGUGUGCUGUGCACCCACAGAGAAAGCUGUGUGGCUGCCCGGGCUGCCUGACUUAGAGCUGUGUGCAUGGAGGAUGCGUGUCAGUGUGGGUGUGCACAGGGAGCCACUGUCUCGCUGUUGUUGGGUGGUGGGCUCUUCAGGGAACUAGUAAGGUCGCAGGCUGGACACACUUCUCUGCAUGGCAGCGUGGGGUGGGCUGUGGGGCGGGCUGUGGGGUGAGCUGUUGUCCAAGACAUGGCCUCAUGCAGCUUCAGAGCUCCCUUCUCUAUUAGCUGUGACCUUGACCCUGCCAGAAGCCUACUUCAGCCUCGAUGUCUCAGACUCUAAACUGAGUCCAAGAAUUUUCUCUCCCUUGUUUGCCUCUCAGGAUCAAACAUGAUGAUGGCUACAAACUACUCAAAUAAACAAAACCUUGAAAACCA